AUGAAGCUCGACGUGACUGCGAUGCGGUACCUGACGAAGGAGCACUUUCGCGUGUUGACGGCGAUUGAGAUGGGCAUGAAGAACCACCAGGUCGUGCCCGUGGCGCUCAUCACGAUCAUCGCCAAGUUGCGCCACGGCGGCGUGCAGAAGAUUCUGUCGCACUUGUUGCGCAACAAACUCAUUGCGCACGACGGCGACGCGUACGACGGCUACCGGCUCACGUACAGUGGCUAUGACUUUCUCGCACUGCGUGUGUUCCUGCAACGCGGCCACAUUACGGGACUGGGCCGUCAGAUUGGCGUUGGCAAAGAGUCGGACAUUUACUUGGCGACGCAAGAGGACGGCACGGAAGUCGCGAUCAAGUUCCACCGACUCGGACGCACGUCGUUCCGAGCGGUGAAAAGCAAACGCGACUACUUGAAGAACCGCAAGUCCGUGAGCUGGUUCUACAUGUCGCGACUCUCGGCCAUGAAAGAAUACGCUUUUCUGAAGGCGCUAUAUGACCGUGACUUUCCGACGCCGACGCCCAUUGACUGCAAUCGCCAUGCGAUCUGCAUGAGUCUCGUGGAUGGCUACCCGCUUAAUCAAGUACGCCGCCUGGCCAACUCGAAGGACGUGUAUGACGCGGCCAUGUCCAUCGUCGUUCGUCUAGCGGAAUACGGGCUGGUCCAUUGCGACUUCAAUGAGUUCAACAUCAUGAUUGGAGGCGAGGGCAAAAUCACAAUGAUUGAUUUCCCACAGAUGAUUUCCACGUCGCACCCGAACGCUGCCGAGCUGUUCGAUCGCGACGUGCACGGACUCGUGAAGUUCUUCUCGCGGCUGCAGGGUGGCGCGUACACACCAGACCGUGUUCCGAAGCUGGACGACAUCGUCGCAGACGAGAGUGUUCGACUUGACGAGGACGUGGAAGCAAGUGGCUUUGGCAAGGAGUUUGGCGAGAAAGUGCACGAUCUCUCGAUCUUUUCGGCUCAUCAGAAUGUUGAGGACAGCGAUAGCGAUGACGAUAGCGCGGAUGACGAAAGCGUGGAACAGGAUGAGGAGGAAAGUGGAGAAGAAAGUGACGAGGAGGAGAAACUGGUUCAUCUUGUGCAGGGCGUGAAAGACGCGACGCUCGAUAGCCAGGUUGAUCAUGGGUCGAAUGAACCGGUCGACGAGGACAUUGACGAGACACAGGAUUCGUAUGUUGUGGAGAAUGAAGUGAUCAAGCAGCGGGUGCAACGGGAGCGGCAGACACGCCAAAAAGAGGGUGGUAAGCGGCGGUCGCGAAACACGUCCAAGCUCAGUAUCAAGGGCAAGCUGUACCACAAGAGCGACUGGUAG